CAUAAGUCAUUAAUUCAAAAAUGUAAAUAUUAAAUUUAGAAGAUGUUGAAAUCAAUGAAAUCGCUUAUAAAAUAUGAGAAAGUUAUCAGAACGGGUAUUCGUUUACUUCAUGAAAAAACAGAACUUCAAACUACUGACAAACCAGCGGUGAACUUGCAUACAGUGAAUAAACUGAGUUUAGAAGAAGCAAUAAAAAGUUUGGAUGAAGAGCAGCCUAAGUCAGUUUUAGAAGAAUGUAAAGAAGAUCUUUCUCAUGUAGCCCCCUAUUUGAAACCUUCAUUCAACUUUGCUGCAUAUGUGAAUAAUUCAGAAACACUACAAGAGCUUCUCAAGUUGGGAGUCAAUUUAUACGAAAUUGAGAAAAUAAGAGAUGCACCUGCCUAUAUUACUUCAUUAAAAUUCGAAGAUGAUAUUAAAGAACAUGUUAUAUUCUUGCAUAACUUAGGUCUUUCAAUUGAUCAAAUUGGAAAUUUCAUAACAAAAAAUCCUUUUAUCUUCAAAGAGGAUUUGGAUAAUUUGAAAACUCGUAUUGCCUAUUUAAAAUUCAAAAAAUUCAGCGAUGAGAGUAUUACGAGAAUAAUUAGUUUGAAUCCUUCAUGGCUUCAGUUCAGCACCCAAGAAAUAGACGAUAAACUAGGAUUUUUGCAGAACAUGUUCCAUCUAACUGGCAAUGAAGUUAGAAAAGUUGUAACUAAGCAACCAAAACUGAUAUCAUGUAGUGAUAAUCUGCUGAAAGUGAAUAUAUUUGCAAUAAAGGAAGAAAUGGGUUUCAAUGAUCAUGAAAUGAAAAUAAUGUUCAUAGAUAAACCGAAAAUAUUCAUGAAGAGACAUGAAAAUAUUCUUAAAACAUUUGAAUAUCUCCAAAACACUAUGGGAGUAACACAUGAUGAUAUAGUUAAAUGCCCACAGAUUUUAACAUAUAGGGAGCACAAGUUGAAAGAAAGAUACAUGUUUUUGAAGAAAUUGAAUAGAGUACAAUUUGAUCCUAAAAAACCCAAUUACACAUCAUUGAUUAUGUUAGUUUCACAAUCUGACGCCGACUUUGCUGUAGAAGUUGCUAAAAGUUCAAUACAGGCUUAUAAUGAGUUUCUGAAGACAUUGUGAUGGAUUUAAGAAGCAAUAAUAGUAGAAGUAAUAGGUAAAA